UGUAAAGAUAUAGGGAUUAGACAAUUUGAGUUUGCGACAAAAACUCAGUUCAUUUAAAUCAAAAUUUUGAGCUGAUACUUUGCAAUCAUCACCCGGAUUAACCUACCCCACAAUAUAUUUGAUCCAAUCAUUUAAGUCCAUGUAUUGAUUACAGGUAAAGAAUUAAAAAAAUCCUUAGUAUAAAGUUUACUGAACAAUGAAACUUCAGUUUAAACGUGGAAAUUUAGGAAAAUGUUGAAACUGUUCUGGAUAUUUCUAUUUUUAAUCCAAUGCUCUAAAAUUCGAGGAAAAUGUGAUAAACAAUAUAGAGGUUAUUUUAUGACCUUUACUUACGACGGAGACAGAGAUGUAGAUGAUUCAUAUCGUGCAACAUGCUAUUCUGGAUAUUACUUCAUGUGGAAUGGUAAAGCAUCUGAUUCGAAAACUGCAACAUGUAUAAGGUCAGGGGGUGAUGAUAUCUGGAAGUUCAGCGAUGGCAGCACCAAAUUGGGCAAUUGUGAAUCAGCGCCAGCAUGUGAUGAUUCUUUGAGUCUAGGACGUCAGAUGACUUCAGAUUUUUCCUCUUCAAGAAUACUUGUAGGCUCCGAGUUCACUGUCACCUGUAAUACAGGAUAUAGAUUCUUCAAAGGUUCAAGCGGAUCCUAUACCACCAGUACCACUAAAGUUGGUACCUGCAACAAAAAGUACUAUGAUGGUUGGUGGAUUUAUUACAAAUGGGAAUACGGUGGGAGUUCUGAAGUAGGAGAUUGUGACCCUGAGAAUUGUCCAACUCCAAUACCACUUGGUCAGCAAAUGACUUCUGAUUUCUCUUCUACCCUGUUUGGAAGUGAGUUCACAGCAACCUGUAACGUUGGAUAUGCAUUCUUCAGAAGUUCUGGUGGAAGUUCCUUUAUAGCCUCAACUACUAAAACUGCCACUUGUAAAUAUAGUUCUCAAAACUCAAACACAUAUUGGUCUUACAAUGAUGGCACCCAGAGUUUGGAUAACUGUCUAGAAUAUUGUUCUGCUUCAAUACCAGCAACACCUACACAAUCUAGACUGACCUAUUCUCUUGGGGAAGGAAAGAAUAUAGUGGGUCAAGUACUAACAUACAUCUGUGAUACUGGGCAUGAAUUCAAAACAGCAGUUCCUGCAGGCUCUACCAGUCAAGAUCCAGUCCUUACAAAUGUGAUUAAGUCUACCUGUACUAGUUCUGGAAGUGUCAUCAGACAAUGGGUUUUAGACUACAAUCCAUUACCAGGAACUUGCGAAAGAAUAGUUUGUCCAAACCCUACAACUUUGUCAUCUCCUGAUGGAAUACUGACUUUAGUCUCCAAUAGCACAAUAGUCAAAUAUGAAGAUCAAGUCAGCUGGGAAUGUUCUAACAAAAGAUUUUACAUUAAAAAGAGCAGUGGAGGCCAGGCAUCAGCGUCAAAAUCAUUUAAAUGUAAAAGUGAUAAAACAUAUUCUGAAGACAUAAGCCAAUAUGAAUGUGUACCAAACUUUUGUGAACCAUUAGAACCAGAACAGAGUCUCAACUUUUCAUACUCAUGGGAUAAACAGUACAUAGCCAUUGGUUCUGAAUUUACGUACAGCUGUAAGAGCGGAUAUGCUUUAGAGAGUGAUGUAGACAGUAAAACUAAAGCAGAUGAUGCUAUUCAAGUCACAUGUGAAAAUGAUGGAGAAUUUGGAUAUCCUGCGCCUUGGCCACAGUGUUAUGAUAGAGUUUCCUGUGGAUCUCCUCCCAUUACACCAACUAAUGGAACAAGAGAAUGGAUACAAAGAGCUGAGAAUGAUACCAUGUAUGAAGCUAAAAUUAAUUAUACUUGUAAACUGGGAUCCCAGUUUGACAGAGAUGGGGAUGGAUUUGGAGACACUCCAUCCAUACAAACUGAAUGUCUUUGGAAGAAAUCCUGGUCUCCUUCUGUGCCCAGCUGCAAAGUCACUCAUUGCCUUGAACCUGCAACCCCUAAUUCAUCACUCAAUGUAAACUUUUCCUGGGAUGAAGAAUUGGUUCCAAUUGGAAACAGUUAUACAUACUAUUGUUAUUCUGAUAUGGCAAUUGAAAGUUUUACCAAUAAAAAAUCAGAAGCAUUAAACUACUUUAACGUAAACUGUGAUCCAAGCGGGGAAUAUGAAUAUCCAUUAUACUGGCCACAGUGCUCUGCAACAAUUCUAUGUAAAUCCCUUCCAAAUGCUACCAUUGAUGGUACAAGAGUGUGGGUCAAGGGUGCAGAUGGUGAUAAAUCAUAUGAGUCUAAGGUGGAAUAUUUUUGUACAAGGGGAUCUCAAUUUGACACAGAUGAAGAUGGAUUCGGGGACAGUUUAUCUAUAGUUAAUGAGUGUCUCUGGAAAAAAGAAUGGAGCCCAUGGUCAGUACUUCCGCUUUGUAAAAUAACUCACUGUUUGGAGCCACUAACACCAGAGUUGUCCUUAAACUUCAACUUUUCUUGGGGUAAUGAUAUGGUAGCUGUGGGGGAUAAUGUUACUUACAACUGUCAAAUAGAUAUGACUCUUGAAGCAAACACAACCUUAAAAUCAGAAUCAGUUACGAUGAUUAAUGCUAGCUGUAAUUCAGAUGGAACCUAUUCCUAUCCUCUGACAUGGCCACAAUGUUCAGAAACUAUAUCUUGCGGUACACCACCUUCUGUUCCAGUUAAUGGCUCUCAGAUCUGGAUUAAUGGGACUGAACCAAAUGAUACUUAUGAUACUGGUAUUCUUUAUAAAUGUGUAAAAGGCUCUAAAUUUGAUACUGAUGGUGAUGGAAUCGGGGACAGUGAUAAUGUAACAAUUAAUUGUCAAUGGAGAAAAACCUGGAGUCCAUGGCCUGUCCUUCCUAAAUGUAUUAUAACCCAUUGUGUUGAUUCUUUUCCCAUACCUGAAGAUUCCAAUUUAGAGGAGGCUAAAACUGGUUGGGUUCCUAUUAACACACUAAAGUGGUACCAGUGUUCAGGAAAACUUCUGAAUGGAUCCCAUACAAAAUUUUUUGAGUCUGAUAGAUCUAAAACAUCAUUUUCUAUGUUAUGCCUGUCAAAUGGAUCCUUUCAAUUUGUUAACUCAAGACAAAACUGGCCAACCUGUUUAAGUACAGUUUAUUGCGGACAACCCCCAAAUGCAUCAGAAAAUGGGGUUAGAACUUGGAUGAAUGGUAUAGAGUUUAAAGAAUCUUAUGGUACAAAAGUCUCAUACCAAUGUGUCAAAGGUUCUCAGUUUGAUACUAACAGAGAUGGAAAGGGAGACAGCCUUUCUAUCGAAACAGAAUGCAUGUGGAAUAAAGCUUGGACACCUUGGUCAACUCUACCAAAGUGUGUUAUAACACAUUGUGUUAAUCCUUUUAAAAUACCUUUAAACACAUCUUUAGAGGAAUCAACUUCGGCUUGGACAGAAAUAAAUAGAAAUAAAGAGUAUAGAUGUUCAAGAAUGAAAAAUGGCAUGCACACACAAUUUUUUGAGAAUGAUCGUUUCAAAUCCUCUUUUUCAAUGCGAUGUUUAGAAAACGGAACAUUUGAUUUUGUUAAUGAUACUGAACACUGGCCUAUGUGUCUGGAAGAUAUUGAAUGUGAAAAACUUCCACCAUCAAUUCCUACUGAUCCUGAAUACCUGGAUCCUAAAGAUGAUGGAAAAGUAAUCAUAAAUAAGUUGAACUACCCAACAGGAAAUGCACAGAAUUUAGUAUUCACUUCUGAAAGAAAUAACACAGAGAUUGCAAGAAACUACAUGGCAAAUUUAACGUAUUAUUGUGGAGCUGCUAGAAAUUUCAAAGACAAAAAUGGUGUUCAUCAUGAUAUCCAUAAAAUGACUUGUCUCUGGGAUAGAAACUGGACUGCAAUCAAUGUUCUGGACCCAUGUGACUGGAUUCAGUGCUUAAAACCUCCAAUUCCACCAAGCUUUACAAACUUAAGGGUUACUGAUUGGGAUGGUAAACCAAUCAAUUUUGGAGAUAAAAUCACAUAUGUGUGUGAAAAAGGAUAUCAGUUUGAAGAUGACCAGAAUCAGGUUAGCAUAUCAUAUCAAUGUCAAGAUGGAGUAAGACCAGAAACAACCCGUGGGUUCUUUAACACCCCAGCAGCUGAUGAUCAGUGGCCUAUGUGUACAAAAGGUCCAUUAUGCAACUUUCCUCCAAAUCCACCGUUUGAGGGUACACUUGAAAAUAUUCCAAUCAUAUUUCCAAAAGAAGCUGAAGAGGCCUGUGACAUCGAUGGCAAUCGAGUUGACAUUAAAUGUCCUUCCUUCCUGAAUAUUUAUAUAACCUCGGGUUAUUAUGGAAGACUUAAAGGAAGUACUGUCCUUUGUAAUGGAAAUAAAGAUUCAGUAUCAAUAACAGAAGACUGUUUAAAUCUGCAGAUUGUUGAUUCAUCAAGAACAACUUGUAUUUCUAAGUAUAAUUGUACAAUCCCUGUUGAUACCACAAUUCAAACCUGGAAACCACCUUGUGACAAGAAACAGAAGAAUCAGUUGAUGCUAAAUUAUGUUUGUGUUCGAUGCAGGGAUUGGGAUAUUCAUGUUGUGGAUCAAAAUUGUAUUUCCAAAGCAUUGAUAUUAAAUUUGUGGAGAACUACAGCAGAUCUUAUGAAUGUAGCUCAAGAGGACAUGAAAACUAUUCUCAUAGAAGAGCUUAGCAAACAUCUGGACAAUAAAGAACACUCUUUACAAGAUUUGAGUGACAGGGAUGUAAGUAAGACUGAUGGUUCUCUGUGUUCGCUGGCUUUUAUGCAUCUUGCUCUCAUUGAUUCAAUCAAAACAGAAAGUCAAAUGACAAAUUUAUCUUAUGAUACAAUGAAGGAAACAAUUGUCGAGGAAAUAAUGAAAGUAAGAAACUUAAAUGGCUCAACUUAUGAUAUCAACCAAAAGGAUGAAGUUCAUCUGAAUAAUUUUAAGCAAGUUGUAUGUGGUGACAACCCAGUUAAAUCAGAUUCAGUCGGCUCUAUUCCAACUCUGAGUGCAGAAGAUACUGAAGAAACAAGAGACAUGAGAAAAUAUGGAGCAAAUCUUAGAUAUGAAUGUGGUGUAGCCAGAAAAUUUCAGAGUAAGGAAACUUCUAAAACCUAUGAUGAGAGAUGGAUGACCUGCAAUUGGAAUACAAGCUGGUCACCAAUUGACACUCUAGAUGAGUGUAAGUGGGUUCAAUGCAUUAAUCCACCAAAGCCUCCUGUGGGAAGUGAGUUAUCCUCUAUGUGGGAUGGAAAUCCUGUUGAAUUUAACUCUUGGGUCGGUUACAACUGCAAGAAGGGUUUAUACUUUGAACUGAAUCGAGAUUUACGCCAGUGGAAUAUGACUUGUCUUCCAGGUGGUUAUUGGCAAGUUCCCGAAGUCUGGCCUAGGUGCUUGGCAAGUGUGAACUGUACAGAACCACCUCCACGUCCCAAUGCUGGAACCUGGGAGUGGAAUCAUUCAUACAAAUAUAAAACCCAGAUCCAGUAUACUUGUGGACCUUAUGGAAAGUUUAAAACUGCAAGUGGGAUAUUAAAGGCUUCAAUCAUAGCAGAAUGUAACUGGAACAAAACCUGGACACCUGCUGCUUUGGAUCCUUGUCAAGCGACCAGAUGCCAAGAUAUUCCUGCCCCACCACGAAGCUCUGGACUAGUUUAUAAGCCUGAUCCUAAUAACCCCCUCCCAAACACAGGUGUUUGUCUGUAUAGCCCUGAUGUUCCAGCCAAGCUGCCAUUUCCUGGAGAAAGCUUUUGUUCCAAAAAUACUAAACUUAUGCUAGUUGGAUACAUACCUAAGACAGUAAGACAUGUACCAGCAUUAUUAGUUGCUUCUAAUAUGAGCAAUGAAGGUAUACAUAUCAACCUAAACUUGAAGAACCAGGUUAUACAAAGAUACAGUGUAACUAAUGGAACUAAGUCCACUAUUGAUGGAUUGCCUGGUGAUGGAACCAGUAUAGAUUACGAUGAACCGUUUGUUCUAAACCUCAGCUGUGAUCAGGAUGGAUGGAAUCUGCAAAUUAACAAUGAGCCAAGUUAUCUUACUGUUUUUCAUGCUAUGCCAGUGGAUAACCUCACAGAGAUCAGGGUAACUGGGGAUAUUGUUGUCAACUACAUUGGGAUUGGAGAUAAAGGUCAAGAUCCAGCGCCCCCUGUUGGGUUUAACCUAACCUAUGUCUGUCCAGAGGGGCAAGUAUUUGACAGUGAUUGGUAUGCUACACCAUUCGUUAUGAUGACAUGUCAGGCAGAUGGUGUAUUUGAACCGAUAGACUGGUCGCAUUAUCAAUGUGUUUUACCAACAACUACUGAGUGUUAUGAUUGCACAACUACAAGUAAGCAUUUUAAUAAUUUAAAAUUAUUCAAAAAAGGUUAAAUUCAUUUCAUGGCAUAAAAAAAUUCUUCGUAUUUUAUUUCUAAAAACAUGGUUAACGUUACGUAACGUGACGUAAGUUCGUAACAGAACAUAUCGUAACGUUAAUCGAAACAAGAUAAUUUUAUUCGUAAAAAAGAACAAAUCGAAAGCAUUUCAAAUGUUUAGUUUCGAAAUUAUGAUCAGAAUAUUAUGGAUAUAAAAUUAUGUGAGAUAUCAAUGACAUUCUGUUUAUAAUUUAGAAAUGCUUUUGGUUCCUCUUUCGGUUAGAAGCAAGUUAAAACCAAUUGAUAUGUAUAUCCUAAAUUUUUAACGCUUAAUGGGCGCCUCGCGCAAAUUUUAAAAAAAUGAUUUUGGUUUUGAUUCUCAAAUUGCUUUUUUUCUUUAGAAAUCAUAAAUUUUCUCUUUAAGUUAGUAGAUUUUCAAAAAUAAUAAAUGUUAACAUUUUUUUGUAACAUUUAUUAACUUUGAUCAGCCUUUAUCCUUCCCUGGGUUGCCUCAAAAAAUUUAAAUCCGAAAUAGACCGACAAGCAAAAUGUAUAAAAAGAUAAAAGUACAAUGUGACCCAUACAACUCUGGAAUAGUAUAAGACUAAAUGUAAGCAAUUUUAUGCGCAUUUGCCGUUAUAUAGCAAAUAGUUUUACAAAUACCUUGAUAAUGAACUGUGAAAUCUAGAUCUAUGGCACAAUUGCUAUUACUGCGCUCAAGAUAUGCACUAAUAUUAUGCACUAAAAUCAUAAAUUGAGUCAUCCUUCUAUUCCAAAGUUUGCUGAGGAACACUGUAAUAAAUGUUAUUAAAUCUUUUUGUCCAUUUUCAUAUAAACGUUAAAUGUUGGCCUAGCAGAAACCGCUUUGAUUUCUGAACUUCAUGUCCAUCAAAUUUUAUUUAAAGAAAAAUGGAAAUUAUUUUAAAAUUUUUAUUUUGUUUUUUAUUUCUAUUUAUGUUAAAUAUACCUAUAGCAUAAACCUUUUCGAAAUUUUAAUUAAUAGCGUCAACAAGUUCUCAAUGUUUGUUUUAUUAUAAAAUAAACAAAACUCUUGAAAGAUUAUAAUCAGCAGGAACAUAUUUUUAAUUAUUUACAAUGGAAACUAGAAAAAAAUGAAAUUAUUGUGAUCUUUUUUUGGUUUGUAAAAUCAAAAAGUAUCACCACAUUAAUUUCAUAUAACUUUAUUUAUUAAAAAAGGAUAUUAAAUUAUAAUCAUAUUAUAGGU